GGGCUUAGUCUUUUCUGAUUGGUAGCACGCGAGAAGCGCUGCUAUUCUCUCGGUUGUCGGGCUGUUGUCGGUAUAAUGUAGGCGAAAGAGGCGUCGGGUUCGGGUCAGAGGCGUCUUCCCUGAGGCAGAGUGGAAGUGGCACCGCCCGUGCGUUGGCACCGCCGGCAUGAGAAAGCGGAACGAGUCCGUCACCUUGGAGCAUGAGCGCUUUGCCUCCUCCGCUCCGGCUUCAGCCGCCGCAGCCGCCGCUGCUUCGUCUUCCCCUUCUCUUUCGCUGGAUAAGGGCUUCAGCUUGAAAUCCAGCCCGCAUUUGGCAGGCAGCGCCCGCCCCGCCGGGGACUCUGCUAUGAAGCGGGCGCUCGGCAGGAGACAUGGAAUGUGGGUUCGAUUGCGGAAAGUAGUAAUCUGGUUGUUGGGAAUAUACAUAGCAAUUCCAUUUCUAGUUAAAAUUUGUCCAGCUAUUCAGGCAAAGCUUGUCUUUCUAAAUUUCGUAAGAGUCCCCUAUUUCAUUGAUUUGAAAAGACCCCAGGACCAAGGCUUAAACCAUACCUGUAAUUUCUAUCUGCAGCCAGAGGAAGAUGUAACUAUUGGAGUUUGGCACACAGUUCCUACAUUAUUAUGGAAAGAUGCUCAAGGGAAGGACCAACUGUGGUAUGAGGAUAUUUUGGGUUCCAAUAACCCUGUUAUCCUUUAUUUGCAUGGAAAUGCAGGGACUAGAGGAGGGGAUCAUCGUGUGGAGCUUUACAAGGUUUUAAGUUUUCUUGGUUACCAUGUAGUCACCUUUGAUUAUAGAGGAUGGGGAGACUCUAUAGGCACUCCCUCAGAAAGUGGGAUGACCUAUGAUGCUCUUCAUGUAUUUGACUGGAUAAAAGCAAGAAGUGGAGACAAUCCAGUUUAUAUAUGGGGACACUCCUUGGGCACUGGAGUUGCAACCAAUCUAGUAAGACGUCUUUGUGAAAGAGAAACUCCCCCAGAUGCCCUGAUAUUAGAAUCACCUUUUACAAAUAUACGUGAAGAAGCAAAAAGUCACCCCUUUUCAGUGAUAUAUAGAUAUUUCCCAGGAUUUGACUGGUUUUUCCUUGACCCUAUUACAUCAAGUGGAAUAAAGUUUGCCAAUGAUGAGAAUGUGAAGCACAUUUCAUGCUCUCUGCUUGUUCUUCAUGCUGAAGAUGAUCCUGUGGUUCCAUUUCAUCUUGGAAAAAAGCUAUACAACAUUGCUGCUCCAUCUCGGAACUUUCGUGAUUACAAAGUACAGUUUGUUCCAUUUCACAAAGAGCUAGGAUACAGGCAUAAAUACAUCUACAAGAGCCCAGAGCUACCUCGAAUAUUACGGGAAUUCCUGGGAAAAUCUGCACAUCGUCAUCAUCACUGAAGACUUUUAACGUGUUACACUUAAAAACAUCCCAUCUUUGAAAAAGAAAAAAAAGUCUGCUAUUAUUGAAACCCAAGCACUGGAUAUGCCACUGAUUCUGGCUUCAGUUCUAAAAGAUACCUUGAAACCCCAUGUUUUGGGACAAUAGAUAUGAAGAAUGAAUGUAAUUGGCUUCUUGUGUCUUUCUCUCCCCCCCCCCCCGCUAAAGAAUGAGGGAGCAAAAGGUUGGAACAAUUAAGUUCAAGCACAAUAAAGACUUUGUAACCCCCCUGCCGCAACCCCUGCUUUCUCCCAGAAAUUAUAAACAUUCUCACAAUAUUGUGCCGGAUUGUUACAACAGCUCUUUACAAGACAAAAGAACUUGCACUCUAAAACAUAGCUGGACUAUAGUUAUCUGCAAAAAUGUAAUUCUUACAACUUUUCAGUACUAUCUCUAUUUUUUUUGAGCUGCAGGUUUUCUUCUAGAAUUUAGUUUGGUAAAAGAUAUUUUUCUCCUGUAGCUUGCAGGAGAUAAUUUUAAAUUAAUUUUAGAAACCAGAGACAAACAAUACACAAGACAACAUUUUAGAAUGAAUUGAAGGAUGACUCACUUUUUUUAAAAAAAGAUGCCUGUUUAAUGAUUAUAAUUUAACAGUGGUCAAUUUUCCCUUUAUUGCUUUGCUUUCAACUCUCCCAGAAAGAAAUACACACAAAAAAAAAUCAUUAUACCUCCGUUUACAGACAUGCAUCCAUGCUGAAAUGUUGCCUCUACUUUUCAAACCAUUUUUUUAUUUGAUUUAAGUGAAGUACAUUAUAUUAAUUAAAUAUUACCCUUGGAAGUUGUUUGAAGUAACUUUUCUGUUAACAGAUGUCUUUUAGAUUUGUGGGAGAAUAUGUGUUUUCGCUGUGGUAAAGAUGUCUUCCAAUCUCUUCUAAUCAUAGAGAGAAAUACAAGCACUUUGGGAAUGAAAAAGGAAUAACAUUUUAAAUAAUUGUGAUUCUUCAGACAUCCCAGCCUAACAUUUCCUUCAAAAUGCUCAGGUACAUUAGAGGUGGUCAAAAGUUUCCUUUUUAAAUACAAGGGAAAGAAAGAAAUUAACCUUUUGAUUUUGUUUGAUGUGCAUUUUCUUUGGGAAUAAAACUCAUUCUGAAUUUUCAGCAGUGAAAUCAUAGUUUCACAUGAAAUGCUGAAAUAUCACCCAAGUCAACCAAAGGUAUUGAAAUUCUUAUGUUAACACUACUUCAUUCCUGACCAAGUAAUUACUUUCUACUAUAAAAAGUGAAGGUUGUUUUUAGUUUGCUAUGUAUAUCAUUAAAAUCUGUGAUGUAUGAAAUCUACCUUACUGGCUUUAGAUGUUCCCUUCAGUUAACACAAGGUAUGAAUAAAGAUUUUUUCUUUUAUUAUAAUAAAAUUAUACUUUCUAUACUAAAUUGAGCAAACAAUGUAAUAACUACUUUUGACAGAAUCUGUCUUUCAUGUACUGCUUUUGAGACUGACCAAAUGUUGUAUUUUAUGAAAACUUAGUCCUUUAUCCCAGUUACGGCUUGAUUAAUAGCAAUGCUGUGCAUUGCUUCUAUUUUGAUUGGAAAGAGGUGACCAGUUAAAGUCUCUAUGAGUUUUGCAAGGGAGGUUUCUUCUGUUACCAUAUAAUUCCGGAAGCAGACAUGGCUUCUUGACUGAGCUGAAGACUGGAGCUACAUUCGCAAUGCUACGCAUUCCAUAGAAAUUUACCUUCCAAAUAAAAUCAUAGCUUUAAUAAAUGCAGAUAUGUAUAAGCCUCCCACAUGAACAUAAGUGUUUUGCUUUUUAUAUGUGAUGAAACAAGCCAGAAAUGUCAGUGAAUCUUAGUUUGGGUUGAGAAACUAUAGCUAGUAUGUUUCAAUUGAGAUGAAUUAUGAAGCCAUUGUUUAAAGAUGGAUUCUACAUCCUAGAUUGUUAGACACCAUUAACACUGAUUCCCAAUUGGGAUGUUGUGAGAGGCUGUGGUUUACUGAGACUUGUUGAUUUGAUCACAUGAAGGAGGAACAAAGUGAUUUUGCACAACAUUCUAGUGUAACUGUUUAUUAAGCUGGGACAUGCUCAUCCAAACACUGCCGUGUGAUUACCAAAUCUAUGUCUCUUAUGACAAAAAAGAUAGCAUGAUGUUCAUUUAGGCCAGUCUUCUUCAAUUUGGGAAUCUUUCAUAUAUGCUGGGACUUCGGUUCUAAAUUAAUUAAUAAUGGACGAGGCUGUAGGUUAGGGAGGAGACUAGAGAAGGCUGAUAUUUUGCUAUUUACACAUGCUUUGUUUUGCUAACAAAAUUCAGUGCAUGCAUGGCAUAGUGAGCAAUUAGAGCAAAGUGAAUUAUGAGCCAGUGUGGCUGAUGGGCUUAAGCAAAUCGCCUUACGGUAACCCCUCUUUUUGUGAAGUUGGCCCUGAAAUAUGUCGUGUCUUAAAACAUUCAAUAUUGGGCACAAUAGACUAGGUACUGAUGUUCAGAAUAGUUUUUUAGUCUGAAAGAUAUAGCAGGUAUUACUAAUGUCUGUAUAUUACUUUUUCCCCCCGCAUGUAUCAAACAACUUACAGGUUCAUUUUGCGAACAUUAGCUUGUUCUUUGCAUUGAGACUUCCUGCAGUUAAGUAAUAUAUCGGUUUUGAUUCACAAUAACUUGCAAAAGAAUUGUGCACAUAGAAUUUCAUAUUUUCUCCCUCGUUUAGGAUUAUUGCAUUUAAGAAAGACAAAAAUGCUGUUUCAGCUCUUUUGAGAAAACUAAGAUAAUGUUCUGUGUAGCACUGCUCCUGCUAUCACUACUUUAGUAUUGAUAAAAGUACAGACUAAUGUGGCAAUGUCUACUCUACCAGUGCAACAAAAACUAUAUUCCAAAGCAUGCACAGUGCUAUUUGUUCUGACACAUGUUUCAAUUGUUAGGCCAGUAAUAUGCAUUGAAAUUGAAAUGUUUAUCUAAAACAGUGUGUAGUUUUAAUAAAAAAUGAUAUUGACUUC